UGGGCGUGGCCGCUGAGGUGACGGUCUGGAAGGACGGGGCCGGGCUGGCGGUUACCGGGAGGCGCAGACAAGGAGCGAGGGAGCUCAGGAGCCGCUGGUGAUUCCUAGACACUCCCAAGUCAUAAUGUCUCAAAGAGUGGGACAGGAUGACCCAGAGCGAUACCUCUUUGUGGACCGUGAUGUGGUCUACAAUCCUGCCACCCAGGCUGACUGGACAGCCAAGAAGCUGGUGUGGGUGCCAUCGGAACGGCAUGGGUUUGAGGCUGCCAGCAUUAAGGAGGAGCGAGGAGACGAGGUAGUGGUGGAGCUAGCUGAGAAUGGCAAGAAGGCGAUGGUGAACAAAGAUGACAUCCAGAAAAUGAACCCACCCAAGUUUUCCAAAGUUGAGGAUAUGGCGGAGCUGACAUGCCUAAAUGAAGCUUCCGUGCUGCACAAUCUGAAGGACAGAUAUUACUCAGGACUCAUCUACACAUACUCCGGGUUGUUCUGUGUGGUUAUCAACCCGUACAAGAACCUCCCCAUCUAUUCAGAAAAUAUCAUUGAGAUGUACAGAGGAAAGAAACGCCAUGAGAUGCCGCCACACAUCUACGCCAUAUCCGAGUCUGCAUACCGCUGCAUGCUGCAAGAUCGUGAGGACCAAUCAAUUCUUUGCACAGGUGAAUCUGGAGCAGGGAAAACGGAAAACACCAAGAAAGUCAUCCAGUAUUUGGCUCAUGUUGCUUCUUCACAUAAGGGAAAGAAGGACCAUACAAUUCCUACGGAAUCUCCUAAACCCAUCAAACAUCAGAGUGGAUCCUUGUUGUAUGGUGAGUUGGAGCGCCAACUGCUUCAAGCAAACCCCAUCUUAGAAUCUUUUGGGAAUGCCAAGACUGUGAAAAAUGACAACUCUUCUCGAUUUGGCAAGUUCAUCCGUAUCAAUUUCGACGUGACUGGUUAUAUUGUGGGGGCCAAUAUAGAGACCUAUUUGCUUGAAAAGUCUAGAGCAAUACGACAGGCCAAGGAUGAAAGGACCUUUCACAUAUUUUACCAACUGCUUGUUGGGUCAGGGGAGCACCUGAAAUCUGAUCUGCUGCUGGAAGGCUUCAACAACUACAGAUUUGUUUCCAAUGGCUAUGUGCCUAUACCAGGGCAACAGGACAAAGAUAACUUUCAGGAGACAAUGGAAGCAAUGCACAUCAUGGGCUUCUCUCAUGAUGAGAUACUGUCCAUGCUGAAAGUUGUGUCUGCAGUUCUUCAGUUUGGAAACAUUAGUUUCAAGAAGGAAAGGAACACAGACCAGGCAUCCAUGCCAGAGAAUACAGCCGCACAGAAACUUUGCCACCUGCUGGGCAUGAAUGUCAUGGAGUUUACUCGAGCCAUCCUCACCCCGCGUAUCAAAGUGGGCAGGGACUACGUACAAAAGGCACAGACAAAGGAACAGGCUGAUUUUGCUGUGGAAGCUCUGGCUAAGGCUACAUAUGAGCGAUUGUUCCGUUGGCUGGUCCAUCGGAUUAACAAAGCUCUGGACCGCACUAAGCGCCAGGGAGCAUCCUUCAUUGGCAUCCUUGACAUUGCUGGCUUUGAGAUCUUUGAGCUGAAUUCUUUUGAACAGCUCUGCAUCAAUUACACUAAUGAGAAGCUGCAGCAGCUCUUCAACCACACCAUGUUCAUCCUAGAGCAGGAGGAAUAUCAGCGUGAGGGCAUUGAGUGGAACUUCAUUGACUUUGGAUUAGACCUGCAGCCCUGUAUUGACCUCAUCGAGAGGCCGGCUCACCCUCCUGGGGUUCUGGCCCUCCUGGACGAAGAGUGUUGGUUCCCCAAAGCCACAGACAAGACAUUUGUGGACAAGCUGGUGCAGGAGCAGGGCACCCACUCUAAAUUCCAGAAGCCACGGCAGCUGAAAGACAAGGCUGAUUUUUCCAUCAUCCAUUAUGCAGGCAGGGUGGAUUAUAAAGCCGAUGAAUGGCUAAUGAAGAACAUGGACCCUCUGAAUGACAAUGUUGCCACACUGCUUCACCAGUCUACAGACAAGUUUGUGGCUGAACUCUGGAAAGAUGUGGAUCGCAUUGUGGGCCUUGACCAGGUAGCUGGAAUGACAGAGACAGCAUUCGGUUCUGCAUACAAAACCAAGAAGGGCAUGUUCCGGACAGUGGGGCAGCUAUACAAAGAGUCACUGACCAAACUCAUGGCCACUCUCCGCAAUACUAACCCCAACUUUGUUCGCUGUAUUAUCCCAAACCACGAGAAGCGCGCGGGUAAGCUGGACCCUCACUUGGUGCUAGAUCAGCUAAGAUGUAAUGGUGUUUUGGAAGGUAUCCGAAUCUGUCGACAGGGAUUCCCCAACAGAAUAGUCUUUCAGGAGUUCCGUCAGAGGUAUGAAAUUCUCACCCCCAACGCCAUUCCUAAAGGGUUCAUGGAUGGGAAGCAAGCAUGUGAGCGGAUGAUCCGGGCUCUUGAACUAGAUCCAAACCUUUUCCGGAUUGGCCAGAGUAAGAUCUUUUUCCGUGCAGGUGUGCUGGCGCACCUGGAAGAGGAGCGAGACCUCAAGAUAACAGACAUCAUUAUCUACUUCCAAGCAGUCUGCAGGGGCUAUCUAGCUAGAAAGGCCUUUGCCAAAAAGCAGCAGCAGCUAAGUGCCUUGAAAGUUCUGCAGCGGAACUGUGCAGCCUAUCUGAAACUGCGACAUUGGCAAUGGUGGCGACUCUUCACUAAGGUGAAACCAUUGUUGCAAGUCACUCGGCAGGAAGAAGAGCUGCUGGCCAAAGAUGAAGAGCUGCUGAAGGUUAAGGAGAAACAGGGCAAGGUGGAGGGAGAACUUGUGGAGAUGGAAAGGAAACACCAGCAGCUGGUAGAAGAGAAAAACAUUCUGGCUGAGCAGCUCCAAGCAGAGACAGAGCUGUUUGCAGAGGCCGAGGAGAUGCGGGCCCGUCUAGCGGUUAAGAAACAAGAGCUGGAAGAGAUUUUGAGGGAUCUAGAGAUUCGCAUGGAAGAAGAGGAAGAGAGGAACCAAGUCCUGCAGAAUGAGAAGAAGAAAAUGCAGACACACAUACAGGAUCUAGAGGAACAGUUGGAUGAGGAGGAAGCUGCUCGACAGAAGCUACAGUUGGAGAAAGUAACAGCAGAAGCAAAAAUAAAGAAGAUGGAGGAAGAUAUCCUGCUGCUAGAGGACCAGAACUCAAAAUUUAUUAAGGAGAAAAAGCUGAUGGAUGAACGUAUUGCAGAAUGCACCACACAACUGGCGGAGGAAGAAGAGAAAGCAAAAAAUUUGGCUAAGCUGAAGAACAAGCAGGAGAUGAUGAUCACUGAUUUAGAAGAGAGGUUGAAAAAGGAGGAGAAGACCCGUCAGGAGCUGGAGAAAGCAAAAAGGAAGCUUGAUGGGGAGACCACAGACCUUCAGGACCAAAUAGCUGAGCUCCAGGCUCAGAUAGAAGAACUUAAGUUGCAACUGGCCAAAAAAGAGGAGGAAUUGCAGGCUGCUUUAGCAAGGGGAGACGAGGAAGUCGUACAGAAGAACAAUGCUUUGAAGCUCGUGCGGGAGUUACAGGCUCAGAUUGCGGAGUUGCAGGAAGACCUUGAGUCAGAGAAAGCAUCACGUAAUAAAGCAGAGAAACAGAAGAGGGACCUGAGUGAGGAGCUGGAGGCACUAAAGACCGAGCUGGAGGAUACUCUGGACACUACCGCCGCUCAGCAGGAACUAAGGACCAAACGUGAGCAGGAAGUGGCUGAGUUGAAGAAAAACAUUGAAGAAGAGACCAAGAACCAUGAAGCGCAGAUCCAGGAGAUGAGGCAGCGUCAGGCCACGGCCUUGGAAGAGCUAUCUGAGCAGCUGGAACAGGCAAAAAGGUUCAAAGUGAACCUGGAGAAGAACAAGCAAAGUCUAGAUUCUGACAAUAAGGAGCUCAGUGGCGAGGUGAAGGUUCUGCAGCAGCAGAAAGCAGAGUCUGAAUAUAAGCGUAAAAAGCUGGAGGCGCAAGUCCAGGAGCUGCAUGCUAAGGUGUCGGAAGGAGACAGACUGCGGACAGAGCUUGCUGAAAAGACCAGCAAACUUCAGAAUGAACUGGAAAAUGUCUCUUGUCUGCUUGAGGAAGCUGAGAAAAAGGGUAUUAAGCUGGUGAAGGAUGUUGCAGGCCUGGAGUCGCAGCUACAAGACACACAGGAGCUGCUCCAGGAAGAGACCCGACAGAAGCUGAAUCUCAGCAGCCGCAUUCGUCAGCUGGAAGAAGAGAAGAACAAUCUGCAGGAACAGCAGGAAGAAGAGGAGGAGGCCAGGAAAGCCUUAGAGAAGCAGGUCCUCACCCUCCAGGCACAGCUUUCAGAAACGAAGAAGAAGGUGGAUGAUGAUGUAGGAACUAUAGAAGGACUAGAGGAGGUCAAGAAGAAACUCUUGAAGGACAUGGAAUUGAUGGGUCAACGUUUGGAGGAAAAGGGGCUGGCAUAUGAAAAAUUGGAGAAGACCAAAAACAGACUUCAGCAGGAACUGGAUGACCUUAUAGUAGACCUGGAUCACCAGAGGCAGAUCGUGUCCAACCUGGAGAAGAAACAGAAAAAGUUUGAUCAGCUCCUUGCUGAAGAGAAAAACAUAUCUGCCCGAUGUGCUGAAGAACGUGACAGGGCUGAGGCAGAUGCUCGGGAGAAGGAGACUAAGGCUCUCUCGCUGGCCAGGACCCUUGAAGAAGCACUAGAAGCUAGAGAUGAGUUUGAGAGGCUGAACAAGCAGCUAAGAGCAGAAAUGGAGGAUUUAAUGAACUCUAAGGAUGAUGUGGGAAAGAACGUCCAUGAGUUGGAAAAAUCAAAGCGUGCACUUGAGCAGCAGGUAGAAGAGAUGAGGACACAGCUGGAAGAAUUGGAGGAUGAGCUACAGGGUACAGAGGAUGCCAAGCUGCGUCUGGAGGUGAACAUGCAGGCUAUGAAGGCACAGUUCGAGCGAGACUUACAGGCACGUGAUGAGCAAAAUGAAGAGAAGAAACGCAUGUUGGUGAAACAGGUGAGGGAAAUGGAAGCAGAACUGGAAGAUGAGCGUAAGCAGCGCGCUCUGGCUGUUGCUACCAAGAAGAAGUUGGAAAUGACUUUGAAGGAUCUGGAGUCACAAAUAGAGGCUGCAAAUAAGGGACGGGAAGACGCCAUCAAGCAACUGCGCAAACUGCAGGCUCAAAUGAAAGAUUACCAGAGGGAGCUUGAGGAGGCAAGAGCAUCUCGAGAUGAUAUCUUCACUCAGUCCAAGGAGAAUGAGAAGAAGCUGAAAAAUUUGGAGGCAGAAAUUCUUCAGCUGCAGGAGGAGCUUGCAGCUUCGGAGCGAUCUCGACGCCACGCAGAGCAGGAACGAGAUGAGCUCUCUGAUGAGAUCUCAAACAGCACCUCUGGGAAGUCUGCCCUCCUGGAUGAGAAAAGACGUUUGGAAGCCAGGAUUGCUCAGCUUGAGGAAGAGUUGGAAGAGGAACAAAGCAACAUGGAGCUUCUGAAUGAUCGAUUCCGCAAGACUACUCUCCAGAUGGACACGCUAAAUUCUGAGCUGGUUGGAGAGCGUAGUUCAGCCCAGAAGAGUGAAAAUGCGCGGCAGCAAUUGGAGCGGCAAAAUAAGGAGCUGAAAGCCAAACUUCAGGAAUUGGAGGGAACUGUCAAGUCUAAAUUUAAAGCCACUAUUGCUACCCUCGAAUCAAAGAUUGCACAGCUAGAAGAACAGCUGGAGCAGGAAGCCAAGGAGCGAGCUGCAUCUAACAAGCUGGUGCGCAGAACAGAGAAGAAGCUAAAGGAGGUCUUCAUGCAAGUGGAAGAUGAGCGACGGCAUGCAGACCAGUACAAAGAGCAGAUGGAAAAGGCCAACACUCGCAUGAAGCAACUGAAGAGGCAGCUAGAGGAAGCAGAAGAAGAAGCCACCCGAGCUAAUGCCUCCAGACGCAAGAUGCAGCGCGAGCUAGAUGAUGCAUCAGAGGCUAAUGAGGGACUAAGCCGUGAAGUUUCAACGCUGAAGAAUAGAUUGAGGAGAGGUGGCCCCAUGUCCUUCUCAACGUCCUCCAGCCGCUCGGGUCGCCGACAGCUGCAGAUAGAGGGCACUUCCAUGGAUCUCUCAGAUGAUGAGACAGAAAUUAAAACCAAUGAAGUCAAUGAGACAUCUGCUUCAUCUCCAACCGAGUGACUUCCUCUCUCAGCAUUCCUCUGCCAAGUGCAGGGCUGCAGUGACGAAGGGACACUAAGCUCUACAGGUCAAACAGUAAUGCCAGCAAGUCUGGGGGGAGUUUGUACUGCACUCCUUUUAGACAAAUGCACUUCUGUUUCUUAAAUGCUAAAAUACAAAUCCAGUGAAUUAAUUUCCUGCUGAAGUGCCCUCUGUUGCAGGAACAAAGUGAAAACCACGUUUCUUCACCCCAUAUACAGAAGGCAGGCAUCAAACAGGUUAUAUAUUCUGGCUCUACAUUUCUUUUAAAGGCGUCUGUUUUAAGACUUUUUUUGCUUUCUCUUUAUAUAUAGCAUCAUGUGGACAAACAAAUACAUUUCAUGUCUUUUGUCCUAAUCCCAUGUGGAUGACGGGGGUGGAGGAAAGAUGUGGGAUACUCAUACCUUUUGCAUGUUGUAGCUGACCCUAUCUAUUUCAGUCUAAACUACAAUGGAUCCUUAAUUCAACUAAAGAAUUUCCAGAAUGAAACUGUGAAUCUGCCACUUGUUUGUAAUGCGGUAAAAAUUGGUGUCGAGGACAGACUGUAUGUUUUCUUCACAGUUUAGUCUCUUGAUUACUAACUGCACCUUCUGCCAACACAGUGAUGGUGGCAGUAGUGGGAUUCUUUAUACCCAGACUACAUUUCAUGAAAGAUUAGCACUGUCUUCUGACCACUCUCUUAAUUUUAAACGCUUAAAAGGAAAAAAUACAUAUUUAAUGACAAAAAGGUGCCUUACACACUUCGUCAAUUGAACAUAUUAAAAUACAUAUCUACAUCUUCCGGCAGAUGUAAUAGAUCAUUUUAUUGUGCAUUAUAUCUUGUAUAACUAUGAAGCAAGUUCAGAAGUCAGUAUUAAUCAGGUCACUUGUGCUGGAAUUAUGUUUUGGUUUUUUUUUAUUAUUAUUUGUAUUAAAAGCUUUAGCCUUUCGUCGUGUAGAGGGCAUAUGCACCUCCUCUCACCCUGUGAGGAUUAAACAGUUUAUACAGGUUAUCUCUGUGUGCACAUAAAUUUCUGUUCAUUUAUUAUUAUUUUUGUUAUUAUGUAAUGGCUGCCGAAAUCAUUUGCCCAUCCCCAGGAGCUCCCUUUUCCUCUCUCACCCCCGUGUAUAUCCAAUAUUUCUAGACAAUGAAUUUUGUAAGACAAUAAACGUAUCAUUAUAGAA